GGAGGAGGAAACAGAAGCUUGCCAAAGAGAGAGCAGGGCUUUCCAAGUUGCCUGAUCUGAAAGAUGCUGAAGCAGUUCAGAAGUUUUUCCUCGAGGAGAUUCAGCUUGGCGAGGAACUACUAGCUCAAGGUGAAUAUGAGAAAGGUGUUGAUCACUUGACCAAUGCCAUUGCUGUGUGUGGACAGCCACAGCAGCUACUGCAAGUUCUACAGCAGACUCUUCCACCGCCGGUGUUUCAAAUGCUUCUAACUAAGCUCCCUACAAUAAGCCAGAGAAUUGUAAGUGCACAGUGCUUGGCUGAAGAUGAUGUUGAAUGAGGUCACACCACAACAGGGGGAAAAAAUGUUUUCUUACCCCAGAAGAAAGAUGAGCAUCAGUAGGGGGAUAAAGGUGCAAACAUAGUAGUUAAUGGACUGUGUACCACAUCGGGUUCUACCAGAGUUAAAAGUAACUUUGUGUAGGUGGGUUUCGCAGGAUUUUAUUUAUUAUCCCAGUGAAAAGUGUAUUUUGAUAAGAAUUCAUUUUAUAAAUACACUGUGUUGAGUUAUCAAAGUAUCACUAACCAUUAUUAUUAAAAUAUGCAGUUGUAAUGUUGUACAUAUAAAGACAUAAAACUACAACCUAUUAAAAACCCAAUGCUCAUUUUUGAAAAAACAAAACUAUGGCAAUAAAGAUUUAUCUGCACUUGUGUGUCCCUAUAGUACUACUUUAAAUUUCAGAACAUUUGGGUGGCAGAGCGAAUGAUCUAAAAAUGACUUAACAUUAAAAUUUAUUUUUAAUGUUA